CGAAGUAUUUGCGGCAAAACAUCAAUCUUUUUAAAUACUUUUCUUCAAAAUUAAUCACCAAAAUGACCAAAGGACAAGGAAAAGGUCGAGGUAUGCUACAGAUGGACACGUGGAUGCCGGCUAGAAGACCAGGACAGCCUAGAAAUACUAAUAUUAAGCCGAUCAUUGUUAAAGAGCUUGUUCAAAACGAACAGAAGCCUGAGACGAAUGGGACGUUAGAAAAUGGCUCGUCUGUAAAAACAGCCCAUCCAACCCCACCAACACCUAAAGGACCAAAGAUUUUAAUAGCAAAAUACAACUAUGAAGCAAACAAGGCCAACCCAGGAGGCUUUGAAGAAAUGUCUAUCACAGCUGGUGAAAGAUUGACAUUUGUAGCAAGUCAUCCAGUUAACCCAUACUGGUGGGAAGCGCUGAAAGAAACAGGAGAGAUUGCAUUUAUACCAGCCACUUAUGUGAUGAUUUUAGAGGAAAAGGUCACAAGUCUACCAUGGCUGGAAGAGAGAAAAGCAGAAAAAGAAAAGGUAGAACAAGAAAAAAUUGCAAGUCGAUCAACUGGUUUUGGUGCACCUGAAAAAACAGUUUUCAAACCAUACUCCUCUGCUUACACCAAUCCUGAGAAAGAUUCCUCUAACAACAAACCAGAAUAUUUCUGUGAACUAUGCAACAAGCAGCUGAAUGGUCCAAAACCUUACGAGGCGCAUAUAGUUAGUAAAGCACACAAGGAUGAGGUAGAAGCAGCAUCAGCCUAUGUUUCGUAGGUCUCCUUUAAAAUGUUACUUACAAUUUUGCAUAAUUAUUUAUAAAGGUUAGG